GUAGUCAUGGCUGGUGUGUUAUCAGAUGUUUCUCAGUUUGACGCCCGUCACUAUGAUUCAAAAAUGAAUGAUUUACUUUCAGCAGAUGGCCAAGAUUUUUUUACUUCAUAUGAUGAGGUUUAUGAUAGUUUUGAUGCCAUGGAUUUGCAAGAAAACCUCUUGAGGGGUAUUUAUGCAUACGGAUUUGAGAAACCAUCAGCAAUUCAGCAAAGGGGAAUUGUUCCCUUCACCAAGGGUCUUGAUGUGAUCCAACAAGCUCAAUCAGGCACAGGAAAGACUGCAACAUUUUGCUCUGGUAUCCUUCAACAACUCGAUUAUAACAUAAUCGAAUGCCAGGCUUUGGUUUUAGCACCGACUCGUGAACUUGCACAACAAAUCGAGAAAGUCAUGCGGGCCCUUGGUGACUACCUCGGAGUCAAGGUUCAUGCUUGUGUUGGUGGGACCAGUGUUCGCGAGGACCAAAGGAUCCUUUCUGCUGGAGUUCAUGUCGUUGUUGGCACGCCUGGCCGUGUUUUUGAUAUGCUAAGGAGGCAAUCACUUCGACCAGACUACAUUAAUAUGUUUGUGCUCGAUGAGGCUGAUGAAAUGCUGUCACGCGGUUUCAAAGACCAGAUCUAUGACAUAUUCCAGCUCCUCCCCACAAAGGUUCAAGUGGGAGUGUUCUCAGCAACCAUGCCUCCAGAGGCCCUGGAAAUAACAAGAAAAUUCAUGAACAAACCAGUCCGAAUCCUCGUUAAACGCGACGAACUCACUUUAGAAGGCAUCAAACAAUUCUACGUCAACGUCGAAAAAGAAGAAUGGAAACUCGAAACAUUGUGUGACCUCUACGAAACCUUAGCAAUCACUCAAAGCGUCAUAUUCGUCAACACACGCAGAAAAGUUGACUGGUUGACCGACAAAAUGCGCAGCCGUGACCACACUGUCUCCGCCACCCAUGGAGACAUGGACCAGAACACGCGUGACAUCAUCAUGCGAGAGUUUCGCUCUGGGUCAUCACGUGUUUUGAUCACUACUGAUCUUUUGGCACGUGGGAUCGAUGUGCAGCAAGUUUCUCUAGUGAUUAAUUACGAUCUUCCGACGCAGCCGGAGAAUUAUCUCCACCGGAUUGGACGUAGUGGCCGGUUUGGAAGAAAAGGUGUUGCUAUUAAUUUUGUGACCGGUGAUGAUCAGAGAAUGCUUUAUGAUAUACAGAAGUUUUAUAAUGUUGCUGUUGAAGAGCUGCCAUCAAAUGUUGCUGAUUUGCUUUAAGGUUAAGGUUAAGGUUUGUUGUUUGGUUGUUUUAUGUUUUUGUGACAAGAUCAAUUGAGUGAGGUAUUGUUUUGUUUUUGUUUUUGAGGAGAAUCCAAUUUUGAGAUAUUAACAUAAGUCUAA